UUAUGGGUGUCAUGCGUGUAGUGUAGUCAUGUCAUCAUGCGCAUGUACAUGUACAUAUAGGCCCUACAUCACCAUGCUUGUAGUUGUACAUGUACGUUGUUAAUGUUACUUCUCAUGAGGACUGAUCGGGCUUUAGUGUUUUUUGGACAAAUCGUGCAAAAUGGCCGACGUUGCCGAAAAGGGUACAAUUGAAGAAAAACCUGUGGAACCUGCACAAGAAAACACCUACACGAUAAGGCCGAAUUUUAUGCACAAAUUUCGCCCAGUCACUGCUAAGGAGGUGAUUCAUAUUGUCUUGAAUGAGAUCCUUGGUGACAAACAGUAUGAUGCUGAGGAAACUACUGCAUGGUGUAAACAGAUCAGUUGUCAAAUUAAGGAUAAAUUGAAAGACCUUGGAUUGGAUAGAUAUAAGUACAUUGUGCAGGUGGUGAUUGGAGAACAGAGAGGAGAGGGAGUUAAGAUGGGUUGCAGAUGUUUCUGGGAUUCAGAUACAGAUAACUAUGCACAGGAUAUCUUCAUGAAUGAUUCCUUGUUCUGCGUAGCCGCUGCCUUUGGUGUAUUCCACUAUUAGAAUGAACAAGCUGACCUUGAUUCAUCGGGUCAACAUCUAAGGAGAGAGAACCCUUGUGCGGGGCAACCCUUUCUAGGGUCUUCAUCCUUCCUCUGUCAGUACUGUUGGAUGCCCUUGUGACCGAUCUUUAACCUUCAGACAGUUGACUCCAAGGUAGUCUACUACAACAGUGGUUUAUGUUCUCCAUUUUAGCUUCAUUAGUUCUUUUUAUGGUAGCGCAACUUAAAAAUGUGUCAUGAGACGAGUGGUAUAAAGUGCAGGCAACUAUGUGACAUCGCUUUCAUCUUACAUAACAUUCUCUACUCCGUGUUUUCUUGGGUUUUUCAACUGCUUAGUUUGUUCUGACUUGACAGUUUUUAAACCAUCUGUCCUUCAGGGAGCGGCCUGUUUCUGUGGUACAAAAAGGAUGUACAUAUGUUUUAGUUUGGGUGAAAUUAUACAUGUACUUUAUAGAAAGUGACUAGCACUGCAAUUUACAAGUGCUAAAGAGAAGGGCAAUCAGUUUAUCAACCCCCAUGAUGCAGAGUCAGGUUGAUAAAUAGUUUAUGUGAAUAAUGAACACCUCCAACUAGAAAUACUGAGGAAGAUGAGAAUCAAAUAUAUUUCAUUAGAAUUCCCUUUAUUUAAUACCAGUUCACAGAACAGUGGAAUAUUUCAUAGUGUACAGAUUAGUGAGGUAACAAGUACAUGUAUGUAGUAAACAGUUCAUACAAAAAUAUAUGCCCUGGGAAAAAAAAGUUAAAUUGCAAAAAUGGCUAAGUUUAAAAGCAUUUAAAAGGAAGUGGAGGUAAUAGGCUUUUUAUUCUUAAGUACUAUUCAAAAUAAAGAAGCAUUAAAAAUGACAUUGUUUUUCAGAAUACAACUGCAAGACAGGAAGUACUUCUGCUAUUUUGCUAACUUCUUAUCUAACGGGCAGUAUAUGGGUAGAUGUGAAUACAAGAUACCUUCAUGAAGCUAUAAAAUGCUUAUUCCAUAAUGGCAUUGUUCCUUCUCUGUGUUGGGUUGAAUAUGAGAAAAAAAUUAAAUUGCUAUGCAGCCUCUGUUUCCAAAAUACAAGUAUGCUGAGAUUGGCAAUGCCAAAACCCAAAUA